AUGACCAGUGUGGCUGAUGAAGGCCACCUGGAUCCGCUUGCUGAAACGAGCCAAGGGAGGUCGAGUCAAGAGCUCCGACGCCUGUGUAAGCUGAUCCUCUUUUUUGAGUGUGAAAGUUGGGUUCGGCCGAACUCCUACACCAGCCGUCCAUCAGACUCCGAUGUGUCCCUGGAGGAGGAUAAGGAGGCAGUGCGCAGAGAGGCAGAGCGACAGGCUCAGGCACAGCUCGACAAGGCCAAGGUAAAGUUCCCAAGUCAACUCCAUGAGCAGAUCCAGCAGAGUAAUCCAGAGUAUAAAGACACUCCCAUCGACAUCGCUCAGCUGCCAAACCUCCCAGAGAAAACCUCCGAGUCCUCCGAAACGUCCGACUCUGAGUCUGAGUCCAAAGAAAACUCAGACAACGAGAACGCCAAACCGGAGGGGAAGCCGAGCCACCAAUCAGAACGCAGCGAGGACCCGGAGGCCGACAGCAAGCGCCAGCAGCAGCCGGGCCAACCGCACUGCUCCUCCGAACAGGAAAUGAAACGCCAGGAGGAAGGAGACAGCUCCAGUAACCCCGAGAGCCAAGACAGCGAUGACAGCCUGGAGCCUUCAGACGGAGAGGGGGAGGAGCAGGAGGAGGAAGGACUGAGUAAUCUUGGCGGGCUUCAUAUCAAAGUGGAGCAUUACGGAGAGGGGGAGGAGGUUCAGCUGCACAACUCGCAAACCUCUUCAUCGGAGGAGGAGGAAGAGGAGGAUGACGAUGAUGAUGACGAGGAGGACGUAGGUGUGCAGGACUGCGAUGGCGCCAACACCGGGAACAAACUCCUGAAGAGGCGGAAGAGGAGGAAAGUGCAGAAAUGGGACGGCAGCCGAAGCAGGAGGCUCCGUCUGUCCUCGACCUCGCCCAGCCCCGUCGCCAUGGGAGACGCCACGCCGCUGGUCGACCCCUCGCAGCAGGCCAACGCCAACUCCUCCCAUCUCCUCGCCUCCUCUUCCUCCUCCGGCUCCCCGAAUGCAGCAGCGGCGGUGACGUCAUCAGUCCUGAAAAUCAAGACGGAGAUGGCCGAGCCGAUCAACUUCGACAACGACAGCAGCAUCUGGAACUACCCGCCCAACCGAGAGAUCUCCCGAAACGAGUCUCCGUACAGCAUGACCUCCAAACCGGCUCCUCCCGGUUCCCACGAGACCUUCCCCUCGCCCCAGGGAGGCUCUCUCCAGGUAGCCAUCCCCGACUCCGUCCUCACUCCUCCCGGUACCGAGGGAGGAGCGGGCGGAGUGAGGAAGCCUCCUUACAACGGUAGCUCGGCCCCGUCUUCUGCUUCCAGCGCUGCGAGUCUCGCUCCUCCCUCCAGCGCCUCCUCCGCCGACCCCCUCUCCCCGCCUCUCUCCGCCUCGCCACGGGACAAGCAACAAGGCACGCCCACCACCUCCUCCUCUUCUUCUUCCACUUCCUCUUCAUCGUCCUCCUCCUCCUCCUCCGCGUCGACCCCGUCCUCCUCGCUGCUGUACUCCGGCGAUCUCGAGGCUCUGCAGCGUCUCCAGGCGGGUAACGUCGUCCUCCCUCUCGUCCACCGGGUCACAGGGACUCUCGCCUCCACCAGCACGACGGCUCCUCGGGUCUACACCACCGGGACCAUCAGGUACGCGCCGGCGGACGUCACCCUCGCUAUGGCACAAGGCAACCUCCUCCCAAACGGCGCCAUGAACUUUGUGGACAGCUCGGGGUUCGGCUUGGACCCGAAGACGCCGAUGGAGAUGCUCUACCAUCACGUCCACCGGCUCAACAUGUCGGCAGCGGCGGCCGCAGGUCCGUUCGUCGGCUCUCCGGCGGCGACGGGAGGAAACGGCGCUUUGGGAGGCCAGAUGCCGACGGCGGCGAACGUCUUCACCACGGCGGAGGGACUUUUCUCGACGCUACCGUUCCCGGUGUACAGCAACGGGAUCCACACCACGCAGACGACUCUAGAGAGGAAGGAGGAUUAACGCUAAACAUUCGAGACCGCAUUACUGUGUUUUUUCCGGAAUCA